AAAUAAACAAGCAUCAACAACACGUCCCUCUCAUUUGAGGAAUCGCGUUCCGUUGUCGCUCGGCAUCCUCGUAGGCCAACCCUGAAAUGCACAAUAUUGUUCAUGUCACUCUUUAUGUCGCUCUCUUCUUUAAGCAAAUUUGGUCUCAGGGCUCACCUCUAAGUGAGGACGCGGCAUCCGUAGAAAUUCAUGGAACUCCGCCUUUUUCAUCAUCUUUGCCUCUUCAAAGAACUAAUGGGCUCUUGUUUCUGUCGAGUACCUCCGUCCCAACUUCCUGGAGCUCGCUGCAUACACGCGUCAUGGCCACGUCUACUGCUGCUCUGAUCCCCUCGAAGACUUUCAGUUACCUCUCGGACUCUUCUUCAAUAGUUACUGGCUCCCACCACGAUCCUGUUCCCUUGAAGACGGUUCCCAAUCAGUCUGACAGCUUUCUCUCAAUCCCCUCGGAGUCUAAGACAGCAUCUCCUACUUAUCCUUCACCUGAUACUGCGGCAGCGAUCCCUACAACGCAAACCCAUCAAUACCCAGCUCCUUCCCUUCUCGCGAUCUCCCUAUUGGCACCAUCCUACAGUAACUAUCAUCCCUCCGCAACCUCUAAUUCUGCCUCUGUUCUUCAGACAAAUACAGAUGCGUCAACUAGCGAAAACAUAUCCACUUCUCCAUCUCGGUCAGCAAUUGCUGUUUUGGCGGUCUUUGCUAUCCUUACUGCUUUUAUCGUCGCUAUCUUUCUAUUCCAGAAAUACCGGUCUAGAAAACAGCCCUCUGACGAAGAUUACUGGGCGAUCUAUGGCAACUCCAGAAGUAAGGACAAAGAAAAACACCUACCAUACUCCAUCAAUUAUCCUAUCCCCGCUAAUGAUGAUCACUACUCGCAUGCCCUUGAGGAUACGUCGAUCAUUGAAAAGGGAGAACCGCCUCUCUUUGAGUCUCAUCAAGUUUCAAAAGCAACUCCCUACCGAGACAUCGACAAUCAGACAUAUCCAAGGCCAUUCAUGACAACCUUGGGCGGAAGGAUGGAUACGGAUGGUUAUGUCUUUGUGACAGAACUGCCGUCCGCAUGCAAGAUCGCGGGGAGGAACACGAGCGCAGUGUCACGGAACUAGGAUGGAAAUAUCCAUAAAUUCUGGAAGUCCAUCAUGAUUAGAGCCAAAAUAUCACUUGGGAACAAGCAUGACGAAGCGAGCGGUGC